UGAACCAUCCCAAGAGGAACAAAAAGAGAACAAGCAGACCAUAUGCAGUUUCUAGGAAAUUUCCCCAACUUUAACCUCAUUUGCACAAUCAUUGAUCUCGCGAUCUUCUCUUCCUUUUUCAAACAUUGGCUCCAAAACUUUCACAUAACAACUUGAAAAGUAGUGGUUUCCUUACUACUAAUUUAUAAACACAACUUUUGCAUUUUUUCCGAACUUGAUUGAAGUACCAAGCUGCAGCUGAUCCAUUUCUCUUGUGUUGUUCCAAUGAAGAACACUAUGAAGGGUUGUGUCCAAUUAUUUCUGAAACUUGUGAACUCAAUCAUGGGAAUUGUUGGGAUUUCAAUGAUCUUAUAUAGCGCGUGGAUGGUUAGAGUUUGGCAGAGAGACAUGGAAGGCUCGUCUUCCGAUUUUCACAACCACUCUAUUCCAUGGUUUAUUCAUGCUUUUCUUGGCAUUGGAAUCACCUUAUGUGCUAUUACAUUCCUUGGCCAUGUUGCAGCAAAAACUGCAAAUCCCCAUUGCCUUUCUGCUUAUAUGGUCACAAUCUUUUUGCUUCUUCUAGUGGAGACUGCAUUGAUAUCAGACAUAAUCCUAAAUUCUGACUGGGAGAAGGACUUGCCUGAAGAUCCAACAGGAAGGUUCGAUGAUUUUGAGGAUUUCGUUGAGUCGAAUUUCGACACCUGCAGAUGGAUUGGCUUGUUGAUUGUCUUAGCACAGGGAUGUUUGAUCCUAUUGGCCACAGUCCUAAAAACUCUUGAGAAAGAUACGGGAAAACACUAUGACUGUGAUGAUGAUUACGCUGUGCAUAGGCUUCCAUUUGUGAACAAUUCUGUGCAUCCACUUCCUUACGCAGUUGCCGACUUCCCACUUCCCUCCAAGAGCGAAACCUGGAUGUUAAGGAAGGAUUCACAAUGAAGAUGAUUCAAAGCUGAGGGAAGGACAUAAGCAGGUGGAAUCUUUCAUGUGAAUAUUCACAACGGUAGGUCAAGAUGUGUAUGGUGGUGCUGCAGUACUGGUGCUGGUGCCAUUGAUGGUAGUCGAGGUAGCAAUGCCAUAUAUCUAGUUAAAUGAUUUACUACUUUUUCUUUCCUUUAACCAAGUAAUGGAGAGAUUGCUUGUCAAGUUGUCAUGGUUAUCUUGGCAAUAGAAAUGUAAAAGUUUAUAUA